AUGACUAAGGGAAUCCAGCAUUGGAGCGAAGAGUCUCACCUCGAAAUGAUGAAAAGCAUCAACGUCACGAAAUCCGUGCUCAGUAUCAGCUCUCCGGGGACCUAUUUGAAGGCCGGCGACGACGAGUUGUGUCGAAAAGUAACCAGAUAUGUCAACGAUUUUGGCGCGGAUUUGAAGAAACGAAGGCCAGAGCAAUUUGGAUUCUUUGCUUCUCUCCCAUUGGCCGAUGUUGAGUUCUGCUUGCAAGAAGUUCCACGGGCAUUAGACGAGCUCAACGCGGACGGUUUCGUGGUGAUGACCAAUUUCCAAGGCUCCUAUCUUGGACAUAAAGACUUUGAUCCAAUAUUUGAUGAGCUCAAUCGAAGAAAGGCAAAGGUCUUCAUGCAUCCGACAACACCUUGCUUACCUUCAGGAACUGCAGCGACUCCUCUCGCGGAUUUCCCUCGGCCAAUGUUUGAAUUUCUCUUCGACACCGCUCGGGCUGUCAUCAACUUGUUCCUGUCGGGCACAGUAAGUCGCUGUCCGAACGUGACAUUCGUUGUACCUCAUGUAGGCGGGACAUUCCCUCCACUUAUCAAUCGAUUCUCCAAUGUCGGACCUCUUCUGAAGCUCCCUGGAUUGGACCCAAGAGUUACUCCUGCAUGGGUCAAAGAGAGCCUGAACACACAGUUCUAUUUCGAUACGGCGGGUUGGGCGUUCCCAGAGCAGAUAAAGGGCUUGUUGCAUUACAUUACGGUGGACCGAAUGCUGUAUGGCAGUGAUUUUCCAUUUACUCCCCUGCCAGCUGUAGGAACACUGUCUAAGGAUCACGAUCAGUACUUACCAGAGGUGUUCCCUGAUGAGGAGGAUCGUAAGAAGCUUUGCAGACAGAAUGCCGCGAAGCUUUUCGGCUGA